AACUGCCACACCACUGCAAAACAAUUGAUAUCCAAAAGUGGGGGUGAUUGCUCUUAAAGGUAUACAGUAAAUGUAUACUGUCUGCACAGGUAGCUGCCAGCACAUGCUUUUUCUUUCUAUUUUUUUUUUACUUUUUCCAAUAAGUUUCAGGAGCAAGUUUAGAACAUUCAAAUAAUCAAUAGAAGGCUGUUAGGCAUGGUCAAGUUGUAGGAGGGUACGGUAUGUAGUAGUCAACAGUAGCUGCAGCAGGAGCCGGUUAGAGACAAAAACGGAGAAAGAGGCAACAAUAUGGCCGAGUUUGUAAAUGCCAAAAUCAAGGGAGAUAAAGUUGUUGUUUUCUCCAAGCCCACUUGUCCUUACUGUCAGAUGGCUGUUGAAAAGCAAUACUCGUUUAAACCAGGAUGCCUGGAUAUUAUAGAUAUCAGCUCCCUAAGCGAUAUGAGCGGUAUACAGGAUUAUUUGCAACAGCUGACGGGAGCUCGGACUGUGAGUACUGGUGUUUUUCUGUGCAUAUGUGUGUUUGCUACUGCUUUGCGUUUACUCACCUCUGGUUUAAGCUAUAUGCGUUUUGCCUCCGCUAGGAAACGUCUAUAAAAUGACCCGUUCUGAGCAGUAAGAUUACUGAAAGGACCCCCAAAUUGUGAGGGACUUGUAAAAACAAAGUGCACUCCUAGUUUAACUUGUGUCU